GCUGCAACACCUUUCACCGUGCCAUGGACGGGUAAGACCUACGGUCCGGAUGGUCCCUGGCAAGCUGUCCAGGUCAAAAUCGGCAGCGACCGGCAGGAGAUAGCCCUAUAUCCUGGGGGAGCCUGGCAGAGCUACAUCCUCCUCUCCUCAAUCUGUUCCAAUACUUCGUUAUCAUCCUACUGCUAUGCUAACCGGGCGGGUGUCUUCAACAAACUGACCUCCACCACAUAUGAUGACACGGCUAUCCGGCUGACCAUCAAUGAUGGAACAUGGGGACCGCUGCACUUUGGCGCUGCCACCAACAACCCCAUCUACGGCACCGCCAAGUGGGCGCUCGAUUCAAUUGAUAUCUCGGGCGUCGUGGCCCCGAACGUCAGUCUGAACGUGGUGGACCAGGGAUACCAGAUAUACCCGGAUGGGACUAACUACCCUCUGGAGCUGGGAGUCCUGUCUCUGGGGGCUCCCAGCCUACAACAGCAGUUCGCAAACCGGGGACAGCCCACCAUAAACGGUACCUUCUUCGACAGCUACCUGUAUACCUCUGGGACCGGCCAGGCCAUCUCCUCCUACUCGUACGGGAUGCACAUCGGUACGCCCACAUACAAUCUCGCGGGAUCCCUGCUGCUCGGCGGAUACGAUCAAUCCCGCGUGCUUGGGGAAGUCUCGUCGCAGCCAUAUUCCGAUGAUGGAGGGUUCCCAAUCAAGCUUCGCGACAUCAGUCUCGGGGUGAUCCGCGGAGGUUCACCAUGGUUGUCCUCCUUCAACCCAACAGGGCUUCUCGCCGCCGGCAACUCCUCAAUCACCGCCAACGGAAUAACCGUAUACUCCAGUCCCGGGGACCCCUACAUCUACCUCCCGCAAAGCACCUGCGACGCCAUCGCCGCCCACCUCCCCGUCACCUAUCAGAGCACCUACGGCCUCUACAUCUGGAACACCUCCAGCCCCGCCUACUCCCAAAUCACUACUUCCCCUAGCUACCUAGCCUUCACCUUCGCUAAGGAUAACUCUAACCGCGCCAACAUCACUAUCAAGAUCCCCUUCGCCGUGCUCAACCUCACCCUGACCCCACCCUUGGUCACCCAACCGACCCCCUACUUCCCCUGCCGAGGCACUACCGCCGCCGGGGCCGUCUACGCCCUCGGCCGCGCCUUUCUGCAGGCUGCCUUCGUCGGCGUCAACUGGGGCGAUAGUGGCAGUGGCACGGGCAAUUGGUUCCUGGCGCAGGCGCCCGGUCCAAAUCUGCAGACUCCGUCGACUACUGUCAUCCAGCCCGAGGAUACCACUGUCGUUGGGUCGGACAAUAGUUGGGAGGAUAGUUGGUCGGGGGUGUGGACGGCGCUC